AUGUCUAAUACCCCCCCAUGGAUACAAAAAACGAGUUUCAAUUGCGCUGAAAAUAUUGAGAGUUACCUCCAGGAAGAUGGCCACCGAACUUGGGGCUUUGUCAUUUAUCGCUGUACCUAUGUCAGCGACGUCGACUGGAAUAAAUUUAUGGAGCUUCUGCGACGCCACAUCAGGCGGAGCUUCGAGUUCUACAACAGGCUGGAUAUUAUGGACAGCCUCAGCCUGACCAUCAUCCAAGAUCAAUCGAUUUUCGACGACGCCAGUACGUCUUUCGUCCGCGAGCAUUUCAAGCAAUGGGCCGCCACGGCACCAGAAGAAGAGCAAGGCGAAGGCAUAGGACCGGGCCUGUCUCAACGCUACAGAUAUUGCAUACAGGUGGACGAUUACGCCCUAGAGUCUAUCAUGGAGGAUGAGAAUGAUGGUUACGUCAAUCUCAUAAAGAGGGAGUGGGAUCCGCAGAGUCAGGGUGAUCGAGGGCCGGUAGAAGACCCCAUCGAAGACUGUACGCUACACGAUGUAGGGUGGAUGAUGGUUGACUACCGAGACGUUAUGGUGGGCUUUCAUUACCAGUUACGGGGUUAUAACAAUUGGUACCAGGAGUAUCGGCGGCCUCCAAAAGUGGCCCAUGGGUGA